AUGGCGCUCACCUGCCGCCUCGUUCUCCUCCUCGGCGCCGCCACAUUGCCUCUGCUCUUGUGCCUCACUGCAGAGGCGCGCGAGGUGGGCGUGAACUACGGCAGGGUGGCGAACGACCUGCCGGACCCGGCGGCGGUGGUGCAGCUGCUCAGGGAGAACGGCAUCACCAUGGUGCGGAUAUACGACACCAACGACGCGGUGCUGAGGUCGUUCGCCAACACCGGCAUCAAGCUCACGUUGAUGCUGCCCAACGAGAACCUGGCCGACGCCGCGCGGAGCCCGUCGUACGCGGCCGACUGGGCGCGGCGCAGCGUGGCGGCGUACCUCCCCGCCACGCGGAUCCAUGCCGUCUCCGUGGGCAACGAGGUGUUCGACUCGAGGCCGGACCUGACGCCGCUGCUCGUCCCCGCCAUGACCAACGUGCAGGCCGCGCUGGCGCAGCUGGGACUCGCUGACGCCAUCAAGGUGUCCACGCCGCUGUCCUUCGCCGCGGUGACCGACUCGUUCCCGCCGUCCAGGGGCAGGUUCCGGGACGACAUCGCGCAGCCGGUGAUGAGGCCCAUGCUCGAGUUCCUGCAGCGGACCGGCUCCUACCUCACCAUCAACCUCUACCCCUACUUCGCCUACGCCGCUCAGCCGGACAAGAUCUCCCGCGACUACUUCCUGGGGAACCCCAACCCCGGCGUGCUGGACCAGGACACCGGCCUCAUGUAUUACAGCCUCCUGGACGCUCAGCGCGACGCCACGUUCGCUGCCAUGGAUAAGCUGGGGUUCACCAGUCUUCAAGCAGUUCAAGGGGAGACCGGGUCACCGUCUGCCGGACGACCGAAACCUGGCUCUCCACACAAACCACACGCGCCUUGGGAGCUGGCGGUCGGGGACGGGGAUGGAGUAGACCCGCCGGCGGCGUCGAAAGCCAACGCGCAGGCGUACAACAACAACGUCAUCAACCGCGUGCUGUCCGGCAGGACGGGCACCCCGCUCCGCCCCGACGCCGACAUGGACGUGUACAUCUUCGCCCUGUUCAACGAGAACGGUAAGGGUUCCGGGCCUGACGACAUCGAGGCCAACUUCGGCCUCUUCUACCCCAACAUGCAGAAGGUGUACGAGUUCGACUUCCGCGGCGGCGGCAGCCCGCCGCCGGCGCCGGCGGCGGAGAGCUGGUGCGUGGCGAACGCGUCGGUCGGGGACUCGUGGCUGCAGGCGGCGCUCGAGUACGCGUGCGGACACGGCGCCGACUGCGGCGCCAUCCAGCCCGGCGCGGUGUGCUUCGAGCCGGACACCAGGCUCGCGCACGCCUCGUACGCGUUCAACAGCUACUACCAGCGGAACGGCCGCGCCAAUGGGACGUGCGACUUCAACGGCGCCGCUUACAUCGUCUACCAAGAACCAGCUGGCACCUGCGACCCGAACGCGAGCUGGUGCGUGGCGAACGCGGCGGUCGGGGACGCGCGGCUCCUGGAUGGGUUGAGCUAUGCCUGUGCCAACGGCGCGGACUGCAGCGCCAUCCAGCCGGGAGCGCCGUGCUUCGAGCCCAACACCAUGGUCGCCCAUGCCUCAUACGCGUUCAACAGCUACUACCAGCACAAUCAUCGGGCAAGCGGGACGUGCGACUUCGCCGGCGCCGCCUCCGUCGUCUACCAAGCACCAAAGUACGGAAACUGCGUGCUCCCAUCAAAGACUUCGAUUGAAGAAACAAUAGCAAAGUCGGAAGAAGGCGAAGCUGCCAUCUGA